UGAAAAUAAUAAGAAGAAGAUUAUAAAUGAGAAUAAUGAUAACAAUAACAACAUGUUUAAUAAGUCUACAUGUAGAUUGAUAAACUUAUUCACCGGGUCGGUCAGGGAAUUAAACAUUUUACUACUCCGUUAUCUCUCAAGUAUAGUUAAAUUCUCAUCUGAUGACUUUUCAUUUUUUAUCGGUUUUUGACAAGAAGCAGGUGGGAAGAAAGUACAGACCACCUUCUUAAAGUUAAACUUCAUCCUAGGUGCUUACUUGUGAGUAAACGUUUAUUUAACGUAUCGUAAGACGAAAAAAAGCCGUGAACGACUUUAAAUCAAGUUAAUACAAGGUGCUCAAAGAAACAAUGACGCUUCUUCUUUGUUCAUCUUACCCUAACCCGCUGUGUUAGAUACCUGUGCUUUAACUUUACGAUCCCUGUAAUGUCAGGUAUAGGAUAUUAAAACACCUUUUAGGGAAACCAGACCACAAAUAAAUAAUAUAUACCACAAACCUAUUUUCCUCUUGAAAGAGUGAGAAGAUGCUAUUUACAUUUACGAUCACUUGCAAGCCACAAAUUUCACAAUGUUGAAUUUCACGUGAAACAUAUUUGUUUUUAAGCAUGUUGUGGCUACAAUAUUUACAUGUUUUGAUUAUUAUGACUUGCGGGUGCCGCACCGUGACGGGCACUGGAUUAAGAAUCACAUCGAAAAACACCAAAGUGCCAAAGAAUCAUCAAUUGCUUAAACUGAACAACUCCGCACCUUGGAUACAUAAAAACAGCGUUAUAAGUUUAAAAGAUAUUCCGACAAAGCGACAGACACAAUCACACAAUGUGGAUGAUAGCGAUGAUUCAAACUUAGAGACCUACGACAAUCAAGCCACAGAUGAAUUUGAUGAAAAGGACACGGAAGAGGCACCAUCCUACAGACAAGUCAUUUUAGAUCCAAAUGCUGGUAACGCGUUGAGAUUUCCUCGUCCGUAUCCUUUUCAUCCGUUACACCAUGUCCCUUGGAACCCUUACAUGGGACCCGUGGAGAUUAUUCCAAAUCCGAUUCAAGUGCAUCAUUAUAGAAAAGUACCAGUAGCCAUUCGUGUGCGAAAAUACGAAAACGUUCCUGAAGCGUAUUACGUAGCUUAUAAACCUACACGUGAUUACACGGUGACUCAUGUGGAUGUCUUCAACCCAGGUAAUCCAUGCAGAAAUGGCGGCAUCGUAGUAUCCAGUCAAUUUGGGUAUCAUUGCCUGUGUUCAAGAGACUACCAUGGAAGGUUUUGUGAUGCCAAGUUGUACUGUACAUCAAGCCCAUGCGAAAAUGGAGGAACUUGCGAGGAAAUAGAAAACAAUUACCAGUGCCAAUGCAAACCUGGAUACAUGGGUUACAACUGUGAAGAAAAGAACGCUUGCAAACCAAGCCCCUGCAAGAAUGAUGGAGAAUGCGUGGAGACUGAAAAUAAUUACAAGUGUUAUUGUAGACCUGGAUUCAUAGGCAAACACUGCGAAGACCUGGAUUAUUGUGACCCAAACCCUUGUCAGCAUGGCGGCUCGUGCCAACAGAGACACGGCUUCCACGAAUGUAUUUGCAGGGAAGAAUUCAAAGGAAAAGUGUGUGAAAAAAGAAGAGCAUGUUUCUCCAACCCCUGUAAAAAUGGCGGUGAAUGUGUUGAAGACGACUCAAGAUUCCCUUGUGUCUGUCCACGAGGAUACAGCCCUCCAUACUGUAACGUGCAUGUAUGUGAUUCCAACCCUUGUCUAAAUGACGGCAGGUGUGUUCCGAGGAGAGCAGGAUUUUCCUGGACUUAUCGAUGCAUUUGCUCCUUCCUUUAUAAAGGAGAGAAUUGUGAAAUUCCCAAUCCUUGUGUAACAAACCCAUGCCUACAUGGUGGCACCUGUAUCGACACUUUUAGCAAGUACACAGGCUUUCCAAUGGACUGGGACAUAGGCUAUCUGCAUUAUUAUUGUAUGUGUCUACCAGAAUAUUCUGGACAAAAAUGUGAAGAAAAUUUGUGUGAAAAGUGCGACGUGAAUGCGGCUUGUAGGUAUGGGCGCUGCGUAUGUAAUGACGGAUUUAGAGGAGAUGGCUUCCAAUGCACUGCCAAUAAGAAUCCAUGUAUUCCAAAUCCAUGUCGCAACAAUGGAACAUGCAGUAAGGGACCUGAUGAAAGCUUUGAUUGUACGUGCCCGAAAGGAUAUUUUCCGCCUCUUUGUACAACUGUAGAUGUAUGUACCCCUAAUCCUUGUAAGAAUAGUGGAAUCUGCGUUAAAGACGGCGUCGAUAAACAUCACUGCAUCUGCCCAGAUAAUUUUCUGCCACCUGACUGUGCAAACAAGACAGCGCAUCCAUGUGUUCCUAAUCUCUGUCAGAACGGUGCCACUUGUCAGGUGUCAAAAGAUAAAAAGAGUUUUACUUGCAGCUGUAAAGGCAGUUUCAAACCUCCUCUUUGUACUUGUGACUGUCCAAAAGGUGAUCCUCAUUGGGUUCCUCCCAUUCUUUCACAACAAUGCAAAGAAAACGGAGCCUGCUACUGCCCUAGUUACAAUGGAAAAAUCUACACGUUGACAGAAAAAGGUUGCGAGGAAGCAAGACAGAAUCCUUGCGGCAGCAAUCCAUGCCAAAAUGGCGGAAAAUGCUUUCCCAGUCCCGAUAAGUUGUCUUUUUUCUGCCAAUGUCCCGAGCAAUGUACAGGAGAUCUUUGUCAAAACUGUGAUGCUACCAAGAUUUGCAAGCCUGGAUAUUGCAAAAAUGGUGGCACCUGUAUAGUUGUGGGAACAAAGCCUUUCUGCAAAUGUCCGCCGAGUUAUCUACCGCCUGACUGUGGUCACCAUACCAUAGAUCCAAGUAAACGUAAUCUUUGUCACCCCAACCCUUGUCAGAAUGGUGGCACAUGCAGGCUAGUAGGGUCUAACUCUCGUGAAUGCAGCUGUCCCGAGCAGUAUGGUGGAAAAUACUGCGAACGAGACAAAUGUAUUGAUUGUGACGUGCACGCGAUGUGCAACAACGGUCAUUGCAAGUGUAGAACGGGUUUCAGGGGCAGCGGACUGAAAGGAGAUUGUAAACCAGAGUCUGAGUGCAACACUUGUCCGCUGAAUGCCGUUUGUGUGGACGGUGAAUGCUCUUGUAUUUCAGGAUUUUACUUCAUCGAUAAUACUUGCAAGAUAAUAGAUGCAAACUGAAGCAACUGCACUACGUUGUGAUGAUAAGAUGGAAGACUAGAAAUGCAUAUGGCGGCGUUCUGUUUUUCUUGAGGCCAUCAAAAGGAACGACGAUCGAUAUAUUCUCUUUCAGCUUCAUAUCAAGAGAUGCAGUGAUGAUCAAACUAGCUAUACGCCUUUCAGAUCUUUAAUACUAUCGGCGUACCUCGAAUUAUUAUUUUAUGUCCAACUUUUGACCGUAGGGCUGAAACGUAGAGCUUCAGCCAAAUGAGGCUAUAAAACAGCGCUUUGGAAGAGUAAUCCUAGUAUUAUAAUUAUAUUUCUAUUUUAAUAAAACACCUUGUCAACAUUAGGAA